AUGGCGGAAGAAGGAAGAAUUCAACAAGUGUGGACAUUCAUCCUCCUCAUUUGCUCUUGUGUCAUCUUUUCAUUCCUAGCCAUCCUGUUCGGAAUUUUGACUGCAGCCUAUUAUGAUCCCAAUGAAAUGCUCAAUACCAUGUCCUGUGUGGUUGUUGAGCCUCAUCAUGAUUGUUCUCUCACUCCUGAGUGUGCCGGAGGGAAAGUGGAAUGUUGUACCGCCAUUGUCUCUGUAAAACCAGGAACCUUGUUUGCUAAUGUUUCCACGUUUCAGCCACUCCGAACGACUUUAGCAUUCACGGAAGAGAGUACCUAUUACAAUUACAAACAGAAUGCUACAGUCACGUGUUAUGUGAGUGAUAGACCUGAAGAUACAGUGGCUCGAUACAACAAGUAUGAUGGAGUCAAGAUGAGUUUCAGAACAACGGCUAUUGUGACCGGCUCGAUCGCCAUUUUGUGUACGGCUGGUGUUUUAUUGGCUCCUUUCUUCUCAAGAGCCAUGAAGCAAGUGCAUUGA